AUGUAGGACGUAUAAUAACCUCACAGUUCCAAACUCGAUCAAGAAUCAGCCACUAAUGCAAAAAAUCAUUUGCUUUUAGUGAACAACAUCACAGAAUUAUCGAAUGAAUUACUGUAAAGUUAUAAACAUGAGAUUGACCAAUUGAAAUAGGAAUUGCAUUUAAUGAAAUAGAGAAUCACAAAUAACAAUGAAGAAAUCAAAAAUACAACCUAACCAACUUUAGAUGCUAUGUUAAGGGACUUAAGACAAGCCAUCAACACUUAAAAAGAUGAAAACUCUAAAUUACAGUCGCAAAUCACUGAAAUCAAAAAGGAAAAAAGCCAAAUUCAACAAUUAAUAAUUGCUGCUACUCAAAAAGUUGCAGAACUCGAGCAUUAAGUAGGAAACUAUACCUCCUCAUGAUUUAUAAUUAUUAAUUGAUUAAUCGUGCAAAAGUCAUAAUCAAAUCGA